CUUUUCUCCAUUGCUUUCCAUGAAGGUUGCUUUCACUCCAAACAAACCCUUUUCUCUCUAAUUCUCUCUUUCUCACCUUAGACCCUUUAAAGAAUUGGGGAGUUCUUCCCUAGUUUACCAUAACAUUUCUCAUAAAGAAAAUUAUUAAGGUUUGGUAUUCUUCAAAAUCUCCAUUCAUGGCUGACGAGCGUGAAGAUCAAGCUACCAAGGAGCCAAGUAGUCAAGCAGCAGAAGACCAAGACUUUGCCCUAGCCAUGGCUUUGCAGGAGCAAGAGAGGUCUUCGUCCACAGAGCCCGAGGCCUCCACCACUGAUGAAAGCGAAGACUCCAACUACGACUACGACCACGAAGACUACGAGUUCUUCUUCGAUUCCAAUGGAUUCGAAGCCGAGCUAAGGUUUCUAGACGAAGAGGAUCAGGACGAGGACGAUGAUGAAAACAUGGAGGAUUACGAUGACGACGAAGAAGAUGAUGAUGAUUUGGAUGUGGACGUGUUGACUUAUGAAGAGUUGAUUGCUUUGGGAGAGUUCAUAGGAGUUGAGCAGAGAGGGCUCUCUCCCAAUGAAAUAUCUUCAUGUUUGAAACCAGUUACUGUUAGUAAUAGCCAGAUGAUGAAGAUGAAGAUGAAGAAUAAUAAUGGUGUUGAUCGGUGUGUGAUUUGCCAGGUUGAGUAUGAUGAAGAUGAACAGUCUUUGGUUGAGCUUCCAUGUGAGCAUCCUUACCAUUCACAGUGCAUAACUAAGUGGCUUCAGAUCAAGAAAUCUUGCCCUAUUUGCAGCUAUGAAGUUUCAUCCUCAUCUGCUUCGUCUUCCUCACCUAAUCACAAGAACACUAAUAAUAAUAGUACUUGUUGAUUAAUGUUGUGUUUUUUUUAUUUAUUGGGUUAUUAAUUAAUUAAUUAAUUAAUUGAUUGAUUGAUUGUUUGAUUCUA